AUGCGGCCAGUGAUUCUUGACACACUCCAACAAACAAUCACACCUGGAGACCACCCCUCAGGUUCCAAAGCUGCAAUCGAAUCCUCUCCAGCUACAACCAAGUCCUCUCAUAAAUCAAUUGGAUCCAGCUGGACCUACGCAAAGAAACCCUCGAUUGCGGCGGCAACCAUCAUCGCAACAACCACAUUCUUCGCCCUCAUUUUCCUACUCAUAUGGUAUCUCAAGAAAAGGCGAGAGCGACAAGCCCGCCAGCGUCUCGAUAUGGAGAAUCAGCUUGAAGGCCCAUUCAAUGAAUCCAGUCUCGCCUUGACAGAGGACACAAGCAAGGACCUUGACCGAUUUCUCCUGAGAGAUCUUGAACCCGAACGCACAUCGCUGAUGUUCAGCCGCAGUCGCUCACCUUCCUUCACAUUUGUCAUCGACGAGUAUGAUCGACGCAAUCCUACCUCAAAACUCUACCGUAGUAGCUACGACGCGUCGUCGGCGAUGAGUCUGAGUAAACUCGACUCUUUGACUAGGGUCUCGACAGACGGACCGAAGCCUAGCGUGGUGCUGCUCUCGGAAUUAGCACCGUCGAUUUCGAGUGGCUCUGGCUCUGGCCAUGGCUCGGGUUCAGGCUCGGGAUCUGGCUCUACGCAAUUACCGGUCCACACAUCGGUUUCACGUCUACCUAGAGCUUCGACAGCCGCUCCGACUACUCCAUCUUCCAUGUGGUCUACAAGAAGUGCAUCGACGAGGUCAUCCACCGGCGCGGAUAUCACACAGCGGGACCCAGUUUACUGUCAGCCGGAAUCUGCUAGCGUGAUGACUGUAGUGUCUCAUCCACGUGGUGGGAGUACUACAAUCAGUCCUGUUCGCUCGCUGGUGUGUUCCAACCUGUCAAAUGCGUCCCGAGCUUCGAGUCGAAUUUCUGUCUCCAGUCCGAGGUACUCUUCUGCGCGUGCCAUUGAGCCGGUGGAGUAUUCGCGGUGGGAAAGUAUGCCCACGCCCGAAUCCCCUGUUGAUUCUUCUGGGAGUGUUUCCGGAAGGGCUUCACAGCUACCCUCGAUUUUGUCGAUUUCGCCGACUCAACCGUCCUUGUUUCGGUUUUCGGAAGGUUGA